UGACAUUAUUGACAGUGUCAGGUACUGUCAAUAAUGUCAAAUUAAGCGCCCGAAUUGAAUUUGGUUUUGUAGAAAUAAAACUUUUUAUUUAUCAAUUUAGUUUACUACUGUAAAAUGGAGAAUAGUGGCUACCUUUCAAUAUCGGAUAUCUUAGUUACCAAUGAGAAAAUUCCAUGCAAAUUCCUUCAUGAUUUACCAAAAAUGGGUUUCUUGGAUCCAUCGGCUUCAGAAGACGAUUUGAAAGCUGGUACAAAUGUAGAAAUACCACUGUGGUUAGCUGAAUCUUUACACUCAAGAAGGCCGCCAUUGGUUUCGGUGGACUUGCCUAAAAUUUAUAAAGAUUCGUAUAGAGAAAUUCUAAACGCUGAUGCUUGUACUGUAGAUAUGCACAAAUUAAGUCAAUAUUUCUAUGAAUUUGGAUGUUACAUAGCAAAGCAUGACAUCAAGGGUGAAGUUUCCAAUACUCUUAUCAAUACCUUCAGACAGAGAUUCAGAAUGUUAUUAGCGGCCAGUGUGUCAACAGAUUCAGUGGGGGCUAUUCAGCCUCUGUCGGUCAGUGAACGACUCCAAGCCGCUGCAGCUGCGACUACUGAGAAAGCCCUCUCAGAAUGGCUGCAGAGAGGAGAUAGCAUACUCACUACUGCAAACAUGGUUGCUAACCAUAGAAAACGGAAAAGAGCUGAAAUGGAGAUGCAUUGAUGCUUAGUACCUUAGACCUAUGAAUUACAUUGAUUGCUUAUUUGAGUUUUCUUAUGUAAUUUUGCCCUAUACUAUUUAAUUUCUUUGUACAGUUGUUAAAUGACACUAAUCUUUAGAUAUUAUGUAGAGAGAAGAAAAAUAAUCAAAUAAUUUAGUAAUAAUCAUUAUUUUACUAUGAAACUUUCUGUAUAGUAAUGAGGUACAACAAUGGCUGAAGAGAAUUAAAAUUGU